AUGCAACGCGCGGGUCUGGCCGGGCUGGGCUCCGUAGCCGCGCUCUGGCUGCUGCUGCUGCUGGCCUUGGCUUCGCUGGCGGGAUUGUGGAGCGGGCGGAUCGUGGAGCCCGGCAUCCUCGGAGCGCGGUUCCCGCAGGAGGCGCGCCGGCCACCCGGAUCGGAGCUGGUGGAGCUGGUGCAGUGGAGCGACCUGAUCCUCUUCGACUACCUGACGGCCAACUUCGACCGGCUGGUCAGCAACCUCUUCAGCCUGCAGUGGGACCCGCGGGUCAUGCACCGAGCCACCAGCAACCUCCACCGGGCCCCCAACGGCGGGCUGGUCUUCCUCGACAACGAGGCCGGCCUGGCGCACGGCUACCGGCUCCUCGCCAUGUGGGACAAGUACAACGAGCCUUUGCUGCGCUCCGUCUGCGUCUUCCGCGAGGCCACCGCCCAGAAGGUGCGCGACUUGCACCGCCACCGGAACGCGGCCGCCGAGCUGCUCCGGCUCUACCGGACUCAGGAGCCCCUGGCCGAGCUGCUCGGCUUCCUCUCCGACCAGCAAGCCCAGCUGCUCCAAGACCGCAUCGACUUGGUCCACAAGCACAUUUUGCACUGCAAAGCCAAGGCCGCCGCUGGCGCCCUGUGACCUCCUUGGCCGGGCUGUGAAGAGGAGGAAGGGGGGGCUUGGAAGGAGGGGCCCCUGGAGCUGAGGGGGAAUCCCCCACCGGGGGGGGAUCCUUCGCCCUGGUGCCCACCUGGAAGGGGUCAGCCUGUGCCUCUAGUCCCAGCCCUGUUACUGGAAUCCCGUCUGGGAAGUGUGUGAGGACUCCCAGCUAAACAUUGUGACAGGGAGUCUUUUGCUGGGAGAGGAGUAGCCAAUAGACCCUCUCAGAUCCAGACAUUUUAAGACUGGGAUCCAGCGAUGGAAUACAGCCUUCUUUUGUUUGACAUGGUUUUAAGCCCCAGCCCCAGAAGUCAAAAGCUCUGGCUGAGCAGUUUUCCGUACCCAAGGUGGCCAACUUCCCAUUGCCCUGCCAUCACCUGAGAACUGGCAGGCGGAGAGAUCUGCACACUGUCGUCUUUUAAGCAUCAGCCAUAACAUUGGUUCCUUGCACCUGUUCUGCAGUUUUUGUCUGUCUGGAGACUAGGCCAGCAAGGACCUUCACAUUGCCCCACCCCCUUUUUGAUCCGAAGUACUGUAGUUUGUGUUCUGAGUUCUUUGCAGGACCCAGUAAACACCCUGAUGUGUCGCAGCAGUGUUGCUGGAGCUAAGUAAGCAAUUUGCCCCUUGGAUGGGAGACCACAGCGAUACCCCAUACGAGAUGAAAGUCUUAAGUGUAAUAAGUAUCUAUUUGAAGUGCUAUACAUUUCACUGUAAUGGUUUCACACUGGGAUUUUCUUCCCAGCGUGUCUUCCCCCUUAAUGGCUCUUAAGAGUUUCCCCAUAAUAAUUCAUUUUGCUACUUUUUCCUGUCUAGUUGGGACCAGUGGCCACAGAAAUUUACCCGUCACACUCUUGGCUUUGAAACUGAACGUGAUUUUAAACUGAUGCCACAAUCUGUUUUUGGACUGUACUUUCACGUGCGUCUCCCCAACCGUAAUGGACAUAGGCAGUGUCAGAACGUAAUAGGAAGAAAUGUGCAGAGAAAAUCCCUGUUCGAAUAGCUCUUAGUCCUGAUGAGUGCAAAGCAUUGGGCAAAACUCUGUUUCUCAGUGUGUCUGUUUUGUAUGUAACCACUACUGUACAAUAAAAUAAUUGACUAAUGGGGGUGACAGAGAAGAAAGGAUUCCCAGGUUUAUGGUAUUGUCCAUGUAGUAAAUUUCUGAUGCAUUAAUCCGGAGGAAGAAAAAAAUCAGUUUCAUGCACUUUAUUUUGAUUUUUCUUAUUUUUUUAUAUGAAAAGACCUUUUUAUUUUAAAAAAAAGUCUGCAUUUUAGGUACAUGACGUAUGUUCUUAAGCUGUUCUGUAACAUACUAAAG